UUUAUACAACAAUCAAUCCCUUUCCAUCAAAAUCUUUGUGUUUGUUGAUGUUGAUAGGAUUAUGAGCUUCUUCUGAUAUUGCUUGCACUGCCCAUUAUAGCAACAGUAUUCCAAUAUUCUUCUUUGUUUGCCAUCAUCCAGCAUCAAUAUACAAGGGAAAAAGAAGGUACUAAUGUCCCAAGAUUUGAGCAAAUCUUGUAGGGAGGCUCAAAUUGAAACUGUGGAGGUGCAAGCGAAAGCAAAGUGUUUGGAUCUGCCCUUCAAAUUAUUUGGAACAACCAUUCCUGUGUGUCAUGAUCCUCCAAAUCCAAUCGAUGUCUCAGAUAGAGAAACAAAUGAUGAAUCCUCCAUACCCACUGAGGAUGAUCAGGGAGUCUCAUUUGAGAACAGUGAUUGUGAGUCCCAAGCAAAGAAGGCAAAGGAAAAUGUUGAGGAAACUGAGACAAGUGAAUCAGCAAAUGGGAAAAAGAGCAGCUCAGGCAGUAUUCCUGAUAAGGUGAUGCCCAAAAAACCUGACAAGCUUCUCCCAUGUCCAAGAUGUGACAGUUUGGAGACCAAGUUCUGUUAUUACAACAACUACAAUGUCAACCAACCCAGGCAUUUUUGUAAGAAUUGCCAAAGGUAUUGGACUGCUGGAGGAACUCUGAGAAAUGUUCCUGUAGGGGCAGGUAGAAGGAAGAACAAGCACAACACUAAUAACAGUACUGCUACUACUACUUUGAUCAACUCUCAUGGCUCUCUACACUCCAUAACUUCUGGCUUCUCCCUUCCCAUUCCAAUCCAAACUGAGCUAAGCUCCUCUGUAAUCAGCUUUGGAUUAGAGCAUGAUACACCCACUUUCUCUAAUAAUGGAACCCAAGUCCCAUCCUCGACUAAAAAGGUCUCUAAGCUUGUUGGUCACAUGAAUAUGCAAGAUUCCAGAGAGGCUUGGUGGAUGAACAAUACUAAAACUGGUACUACUAGUUGUAGCAGUAGUCCAUGGCCUUCAUAUAUUGAGAAUAUUUCAGUUUGGGGUUCGUCAGCUACUGUGUUGGGGAAACACCCUCGUUCCAGCCAUCAACCAGAGACACCCAUCAUGGUUCAAACUCCAUUAAGGAUUUAUGAAUCUAUCUGGGAAAACCUAAAAUCUGAAACAAAGAUUGAUUCAUCCAAAUCCACAGGCAUUUUCAAAUAAUUCCAUUCACAUACAAGUGAAAGAGCAGGAAAGUAGACCUAUUUUAUCUAGUUCUCUUACAACCCAGUCUAUAAAUACCAGUCCUACAACCCAUACCAGAUGAAUUUUUAUCCAGUUGCUGAUAAAACUGGGAAAAAAAAGAUGGGAUUUUCAGUAUCUGAUUUGGAGGACUUACCGAUGCAAAGUUUACAAACAACAAAUGACCAGUCAUAAUCACAGAAACACACAAAUGUAAGUUGGUGAGGUUGAGCCUUGAUAUCUGGCAGUGAAGAGUGUUCAGAUUUGUUUCAAGUAAUUGUCAAAUCAGAAUAGUACAUUAGUUUUUACCACAAGUAAAUCCGGUUGUACAUACAUAGAUACAGUUUAUGUACCUUCAUUGAGAUUAUAUGUUAUAAUGAAAGUAAUUAGUUGGUUCUUCAAUAGAAGCAUUUGAUAUUUCAUUCA